UUCAGAAGUUGCAACAGAGUUACGAAUAAUAGUGAGUUCAAAUUUGCUUUACUACCAUAUUUGAAAAGCAGAGAUGAUCGUUUUCCAGCUAAUAAUAUAUUACUAUUACAUAGCAUUCCCUUACCAUUUCAUUUCCCUGUUCCUGUCUAUGGGAAUUUUCACAGAGCCUUCAUUAUGUAGGAACACUGAGCAUAGGCCAGGCAUUCCAGAUGGCAUAGCUACAAGCUGCAGAGAGCCACCCGAUCCACACCGGACUGCAAUGUUUACCUGAUGGGAAAGAAGCCUUCCUGGGAGAAAUUAGUGUGCAUUUCUUUCAAAAGCAAGGCUAUGAAUGAAGGGGUGAUUUCGGAUAUGCAAAUUAAAAAAAUCACUGAAAUGGUUGAAAUAGAAAGAACAGAAUACCAAUAGAUGGUGAAGAUAUGGAGCAAUGGAGAUUCUCAGACACUGCUGAUGUGAUUGUUAAUUUGUAUAACCGCUUUGGCUUCCCUUCAAGGUAGGAAAAAGAUUGCAAUUUCACUUACCAUAUUAUGGCCCACAUCCUCACCUGGACUCUGUGCUGCACAGGAGCAUUGCAAGUAAUCUACAUUUUAAGAAGGUCCCUUGGCAGCAGCAUAUCAAGAGUGGAUUCCCCAGGAACAAGGGAGGAAGUAAAGAAGCUGCCUAAGUGGCUUUCCAGGAGAGACAUGAUGGUGGCUUCAUCUAGGGCGGGUAGCAGAAGAGACCAGAAGAGUUGUAUUUUGACUGAUUUUUGAACCACAGUUGCUGAUGGAAUUGGAUUUGAGGAGGGCAAGGGAGCCAGGACACAAAGUGAAGGGAGGAAGGAUGGAGUGACUCUGGAGGGACAAGUGGAAGAUACUCAGCACAACCAACACUAUGUAACAUAUCAGGCAGAAUUUGAUCAAAAGAGGAUGCCCGUGGACCCAGACAAACCUGAUUUCACAUCCUAGAUCUAUAAGUAUCAGGAGCUAGGCCAGUAUAAAGUGAGAGGACGCCCGGCCGCCCCGCCCGCCAGCUGCAGCCCCUACCUGGCACCUUGGUCACUCCACCCGCUGGAUCCCAGAGAGCCCCUAGCUCCAUUGCACCAUGUGUGGGAUUUGGGCCCUCUUUGGCAGUGAUGACUGCCUUUCUGUUCAGUGUCUGAGUGCUAUGAAGAUUGCACACAGGGGUCCAGAUGCAUUUCGCUUUGAGAAUGUCAAUGGAUACACCAACUGCUGCUUUGGAUUUCAUCGGUUGGCAGUGGUUGACCAGCUAUUUGGAAUGCAGCCAAUCCGAGUGAAGAAAUAUCCUUAUUUGUGGCUUUGUUACAACGGUGAAAUCUACAACCACAAGAAGAUGCAACACCAUUUUGAAUUUGAAUACCAGACCAAAGUGGAUGGUGAAAUAAUCCUUCAUCUUUACGACAAAGGAGGAAUUGAGCAAACAGUUUGCAUGUUGGAUGGGGUGUUUGCGUUUAUUUUGCUGGAUACUGCCAAUAAGAAAGUGUUCCUGGGCAGAGAUACUUAUGGAGUCAGGCCUUUGUUUAAAGCCAUGACGGAAGAUGGAUUUUUGGCUGUGUGUUCAGAAGCUAAAGGUCUUGUUAACUUGAAGCACUCCACAACUCCUUUUUUAAAAGUGGAGCCUUUUCUCCCAGGACACUAUGAAGUUUUGGAUUUAAAGCCGAAUGGCAAAGUUGCAUCAGUGGAAAUGGUCAAAUAUCAUCACUGUAGAGAUGAGCCCCUGCAUGCGCUCUAUGACAAUGUGGAGAAACUCUUCCCAGGUUUUGAGCUAGAAACUGUGAAGAACAACCUCCGGAUCCUUUUUGACAACGCCAUAAAGAAACGCUUAAUGACAGACAGAAGGAUUGGCUGCCUUUUAUCAGGGGGCUUAGAUUCCAGUUUGGUUGCUGCCACCCUGUUGAAGCAGCUAAAAGAGGCUCAAGUACAGUACCCUCUCCAGACAUUUGCGAUUGGCAUGGAAGACAGUACUGAUUUACUCGCUGCUAGAAAGGUGGCAAAUCACAUUGGAAGUGAACACCAUGAAGUCCUCUUUAAUUCUGAGGAAGGCAUUCAGGUCCUGGAUGAAGUCAUAUUUUCCUUGGAAACUUAUGAUAUUACAACAGUACGUGCUUCAGUAGGUAUGUACUUAGUCUCCAAGUAUAUUCGGAAGAACACAGAUAGUGUGGUGAUCUUCUCUGGAGAAGGUUCAGAUGAGCUUACGCAGGGUUACAUAUAUUUUCACAAGGCUCCGUCUCCUGAAAAAGCCGAGGAGGAGAGCGAAAGGCUUCUGAAGGAACUCUACUUGUUCGACGUUCUCCGGGCAGAUCGCACUACUGCUGCCCACGGCCUUGAAUUGCGCGUCCCGUUCCUGGAUCAUCGAUUUUCUUCCUAUUACUUGUCUCUGCCCCCAGAUAUGAGAACUCCCAAGAAUGGGAUAGAAAAACAUCUCCUGAGAGAGACAUUUGAGGACUCCAAUCUAAUACCUAAAGACAUUCUCUGGCGGCCAAAAGAAGCAUUCAGUGAUGGAAUAACCUCGGUUAAGAAUUCCUGGUUUAGGAUUUUACAGGAAUAUGUUGAACAUCAGGUUGAUGAUACAAUGAUGGCGACUGCAGCCCAAAAAUUUCCCUUCAAUACUCCUAAAACUAAGGAAGGCUAUUACUACCGUCAAAUCUUUGAACGCCACUACCCAGGCCGGGCAGACUGGCUGACCCAUUACUGGAUGCCCAAGUGGAUCAAUGCCACGGACCCUUCUGCCCGCACUCUGGCCCAUUACAAGUCAGCCACCAAAGCCUAGGCACCAUCUGAGCUAUCCAGUGAAAGGAAACAUUCCUCCUGUGAUGAGUAGGGGGCUUGGGGGCAGGAGGGGGAGCAGUGAGCAUCAACCAUUCCGGCUUGUUGGGCAUGGAAAAAAAUAAAAGUCUUCAAUCUGA